UUUAUCUAUAAAGAUUCAGAACGGCACGCAAUUCCACCUCUUUCUUUAUUUCUUUUCUUCCUUCCGUUCUUUAAAAUUUAUACACCCCUGAUAUCCAAAUAUGAGUGACUGUAAAAGAGUAUCAAAUAUGAACUCUAUUGAUCUCUCUUCCCCAGAUAUCGCUACCUCUGUUUCCUUACUUAAACAGGCAUGUAUGGAUUCUGGUUUUUUUUAUGUAACCAAUCAUGGCAUCAGUCAAGAAUUCAUGGAGCAAGUUUUCAACCAAAGCAAGAAGUUUUUUGAUCUUCCUUUGGAUGAAAAAAUGAAACUUCUUAGGAACGAAAAACAUCGAGGCUACACCCCUGUUCUCGAUGAACUUCUUGAUCCCGAUAAUCAGCUUCAGGGUGAUCACAAGGAGGGAUUUUAUAUAGGUAUCGAACUGCCUGAAGAUGAUCCUGAAGCUCAAAGGUCAUUUUACGGGCCAAAUUUAUGGCCUGGCUCAGAUAUCUUGCCUGGAUGGAGACAAACUAUGGAAAAAUAUCAUCAAGAAGCUAUGCAAGUGGUUAGAAAAAUCGCAAGGCUCAUAGCUCUUGCACUUGAUCUAGAUACCAACUAUUUUGACCAACCAGAAAUGCUUGGGAAGCCUAUUGCAAUCUUACGCUUGCUGCAUUAUGGAAGUCAAUUAUCUGAUCCAGCAAAGGGAAUAUAUGGAGCUGGUGCACACUCCGAUUAUGGUUUGAUUACUCUCCUAGCUAUAGACAAAGUUUCCGGGCUCCAAAUAUGCAAGGACAAGGAUGCCGAGCCUCAGGUAUGGGAGUAUGUUGAACCGUUAAAAGGAGCAUUUGUGGUAAAUUUGGGUGACAUGCUUGAAAGAUGGAGCAAUGGUAUUUUCAGGUCAACGUUGCAUCGAGUGUUAGGCAAUGGCCAAGAACGAUAUUCCAUUCCAUACUUUGUGGAGCCUAGUCAUGAUUGUAUAGUUGAGUGCUUACCUACAUGCCAAUCGAAAGAAACCCCCCCGAAGUUUCCUCCUAUCAAGUGUGAACAGUACCUCCUUCAACGAUACCAGGACACACAUGCUCACCUGAGUACAUAUAAGCCGUGAACAUCAAUGUUGUCACUGAGUUCGUCGUAUUACAAAAGAGCAAUGCUAGAUCCUCUUACAAAUCCUGUUAGUCAAUCAUCCAAUUCACACAGAAUGCGUGUUUCGUGUACAAUAUUUAUCCUGAAAGUAGUUGCAUCUCAAGGAGAUUGUAAAACUAAUAAAAAUACAUGAUUAAAUUUGAUGAAUUUUGCA